GGCGUUCGUUUGUUUUGUGAUGUCUGCUUCUUGGUAGUUCUGAGACGUACUCUUUUGUAAUCGUAGAUGCUCGGCCAAUUCUGAUUCCACUUCAGCGGCAACGAACGAGUGAGCCAUGUAAAUGAACGGAGAGGGAAGUCGUCCGAAGGUAAACAAACAUGAAGAAAGCGAGGUACGAUGAAGUACAGUCGACAAGCUGCAGCGGCGAAUGUCCGAAAGAAGGCACCCCCGUGAGCACGAGGGUGACCAAGAAGGCGGGUCCCUAUCUGUUAGGACCCCGGCUGGGCACGUCGCCCGUGUGCAGUAUCACCCAGUGCCUCGCCAGGAAAGAAGGCACCGGCUUCUACACAAUAAAGAUCUUGACGAUCCAGAACCCGCAAGAGGAAAGCCAAGAGGACCGUCAGGGCAAGAUGUUGCUGCACACGGAAUACUCUUUGCUGUCUUUACUGCACGACCAGGACGGGGUGGUGCAUCAUCACGGCAUAUUUAAGGACCGCGCCUGGGAGGAGCGCGAGGUCGGGGGCUCCCUGGUGUACACGGGGCGCCAGCGCCAGCGCCUGUGCCUGGUGCUGGACUGCCUGUGCAGCCACGACUUCAGCCCGGCCACGGCCGACCUGGUCAACCUGCAGCACUACGUCAUACGGGAGAAGCGCCUGCACGAGCGCGAGGCCCUCUUCAUCUUUCACGACAUUGUGCGCGUCGUCUGCGACCUGCACAAGAGAAACAUAGUGCAUCGGGACCUGAAGCUGGGCAACAUGGUGUUCCACAAGCGCAGCCGCAAAGUGACCAUCACAAACUUCUGUUUGGGCAAGCACCUGCUGAACGAGAAUGACCUCCUCAAGGAUCAGCGUGGAAGUCCCGCUUACAUCAGCCCAGACGUGCUGAGUGGGAAGCCGUACCUGGGCAAACCGAGCGACAUGUGGGCCCUGGGCGUGGUGCUGUUCACCAUGCUUUACGGACAGUUCCCCUUCUACGACUCCGUGCCCCAGGAGCUGUUCAGGAAAAUCAAGGCUGCUGAAUUCACCCUGCCCGAGGACUCGCCCAUUUCGGAGAACACCAAGAUGAUCAUCCGGAAGCUCCUUGUACUCAAUCCGAAGCAGCGGAUGACUGCGGGGGAGGUCUUGGAUGCACUUGGAGGCACUCUUGCCAUGUGGUCUUCCCUGGCCGCCACGGGGGGAAGCAUGCAGGUGGUGCCCGACGUCGACGACGAGCCGCGGGACGAUGAGCCGAACCGCAAGCGCACCCCGCCGGAGGCCUCCCUCGCUCCGCCCGCACCGCAGCAGCAGCAGUCUGCAGCGAGGCCCAACGUGGGCGACCUCAUAUUCGGGGGCAGGGGAGCCCGCCCCGCCCCUGAAAUGCGCAAGACCCCCGCGGGAGGGGCGCCCAAACGGAGGCAUCCCGGCACCGUGCCCGUACAGCGGGUGCACGAGGACGCCCGCCCCCUGACGCCCCUCGAGAGCGUGCACUUCAGGCACUUGCUCCAGCGCAACAACUCCUGAUCGCGGCCGGCGAGCCUUCGAGCUGUCGGUCCGUGAGGUCGUUGCUUCGGAUGCCCGGUAGUUUCUGGACCGCGUGCGAAAGGUCGCUCGCCGCCGACACGGCCGCCAACACGGAUUCGACGCGGAGUGUUGACGAUGCCUCGAUUUGGUCCAACCUUCUGCGAGUCGGGACGGAAACGAGAGUGGCGAGCUUGGGUUAGCGGCGAAAACGUAGUCGCCGAUUUGGAGUAUUUAUUUAUAACGAGAUGAGGUCGCGUGCAGCUGGGUGUUCCGUUUGCAAGGGUGCCGGUGAAACCCGAUGGUUCUUUGCUCUGUUUUGCACUUUUUUGAUAUUGGUCCAAACCUAGUUUGUGGAGUGGAGGAAUCAUUUAAUGAUAGUUCUGUAGUUCCAGUAAGGUGCGGGUGUGCUCCCAUCGCGUAAGCAAAAUUAACGUGCCCUUGUGACGUGCGCAUUUGAUGCGUUGGGAACUUCAGUGCAGUUUGUUGCCCAAAGUGCCCUAGUUCCUAGAGCUUUGCAAACGUUUUUGUUGCAGCUUGGUCAAGAGUGGCAUUCAUUACACUCUUCCCAGUCAUUCGGGGUCUUCCACGAACAGUUGCUUCGUACUAUUUGGAAAUACCGAUAUACUUGCAACUGCUUUUUUUUUUUGCUUUGUUCCGGCGACUAAUGUCAUUAUCCAGUAGCCACUAUAGUCUGCAUACUACAUGCUUUUUGGCAGAAUGACGCGCCUAGAUAUUGUUGCCACAUAAUUUCUGGGAAGUCUCCAAGUUCAAUAGCACCUUUGUCGGCAUGAACCUUUCGUGAAUCGUGCAUGGCUGCGAUGCACGCUAAUCAUUGAAGGCCAACAUUCAGGCUGAAGUGGGAAAACUUUUGAAUUGUGCAAAGUGGAAGACUUUUGAAUUGUUGCAGUACUUCGACACCUAUCCAAAAUUUCGAUGCACGGAAACCUUCGGCAACCAUCCUCCAAGAGGUAGCAGACACCUUGGUCCAGCUUUGAACUUUCCAAUAGCCAGCAACCCGUAUUCGAACACUUUACCCGGGACCCACUGACUUGUCCAAAGUGAAGGCCUUGAACAUUGAUUUGCAAUGCUGUCUAAUCAAGUGCAUGGUCACAAUGUGCAGGAGAAAGCACCGGCUGAAACAGUACCUUAUAUAGUGCCAGUAUCUGCAUAACUUCGUUGUACAAUUGUUUUCUUUUUAAGUCAUUGCACUCAUUGAUGUGUAGUGUUCCAAAAAGAUCAAGCAUCGAGCUCAGGGAAAGUGCUCUGGGUGCUCGUGUGUACACGUUGCAGUGUGCCCAGACAAGCAACAUUGUAGAAGGCACAUGGUGCGUGUGCACUCCAGGCCGAGCGUCUUCAUUGCAACUGCGGUUGUUCCACCCCGAGAAUUUUCCUGAGCUACUUGCUUGCACCCUUGGCACUUUACAUAACAGAUCACGAAAGGUUGACGUCACUUUUAAUUUUUAGCAACAGACUUUCCACCCUGUAUAAAUUUAUUGAGUUUUACAUUUAAGUAAAGUUUGCUUUCGGCUUCAGAAGCUGAAAUCUUGCAGCAUAAAGUAUACAUUAUGCGCUUGACCCGUGUGCAGGCAGAGGAUUGUUGUGUCGGCGCAUCCCGCUCGCCGAAUACGGUUCUCUUCGCUCGUUCUUGAGUGCAUGGUGUAACUGUUGCAUGCCGAAACAGGAUGUGCUUGGCCCUUUUUACUAUAAAGCAUGGACCCAGUAGCAUCACAGUUAGUCUGUGUUUACUCACGAGUCGCAUAUUUUUUAGGGUUUUUUGUUACCUAGCGUACGAGGGAACAGCUUGGCCCCCCCCCCCCCCCCCCCCCUUGUGCUAUUUGGUCGCUUCAGAUUUUCAGCUUUUCAUUUGGGUUUUGUAAAAUGUCUGCCAGGGCAUUCUGUCUGUAUGCCAUAUCAUUUGAUCCCCGACUGUGUUGUAAAUCGACGCUGGAUUUAUCUGUUGAGCUUACAUCUGACCUCGGUAAUGUCGGAGUUAAGAAGCCCAGUGUUCAUGUCUACCACACAAAAAAGGACGAUCAACACUGUCAGGAAAAGUAACAAAUGAUCACGCAAGGCAGUAUAACUCUCAGCAGUGCAAUCCACAAUGUUUUGUCCCAAGGCAGGUCGAAACAGUACCACCUCGUACGAGUAUGCCUUUUCGAGCAGCUACGUUGCAACUGUCCUUGUACAUUUUUCCCAAUCUCAUCAGCCUUUCGGAAAGGCAUCUUUCCUAUUUUAUGGUACAAAGAGUUCCACCCUUUUCAUUGUGUAAUUAAUCAUGAGGACGGGAAGUGCCAUAAUCUCGUGGUGCUUUCGUACGGCGUUACGUGGUCGGUGAUCCAACGACGAAGCAUCUUCCCUGCUCGCAGGGCAAUGCUUCAUCUAAUCCUUCGGGCUUUUUGUAUAUGAAUGGUCCUUUGGCUCAAGACCGAGAAGUGGGGUGCUUGAAUAACAAAGUAACUACCAUUGUGGAACUGUGGCAAGCAAGAUUAGGUAGUUUGCUCACAAAUUUCGCAUUGGGGAGUGUGUCCAAAAAUAACUUGUUCCCACAGUAAAACAUUACUAUAAUUAUGCAACUUUGGCAAAGGUAAUCCUUUUCGUUUUAGUGCCACUGAAAAUUCAUGCUGGCCCCUGCCUUUUUUUUUUUAUUUGUUUGAGUAGGCAAUAGGGUUUCAGGUGGUAUCAAUGUACUACUACCAUGUGGAAAAUUGUGAUACAAGUUGGGUGACCGUGUCUGUAGUGUCGGUGUCGUAAACUGUUUGUGCCUGGUACUUAUCCUGCUUAUAAAUGGAACGUUGGUUCUAUGGUCGCCGACAGGAUGAGGACGGCAGGGAAGGGUCUUGGUUGUACCGUCUGAAGUGCGAGCUUGCUACCUUCAAAAACGUUUCGUCUCCCGAGCCUCGAGCAUGCACCCGCAGCCAGAGCAUGGUGGAGGGCAACAGGUGCAUGCUGGAGGCCGGGCAUUCGAAAGAGAGACCCCGCAGUUCUCUCCUUGUCGGCGACUGUACAAGGUGGGUACUUAAUUCCCGUGUCUGUACAUGUCUGCAGAUAGGCAACUGUCGUUGGUCCCAGGAACUCGGUGUAUGUUUACUGUGUCUCGUCGAAUAAAUCGAAUGUUUGCUUCAGA